AUGGACGAUAUUGAAAAAGAAAAAAUUGCAGCAUUGCCCUCUCAAUUACUGAUUACAACAGUAUGUCAUCCAAUGGAAUAUGCAAAAGUACUUAUUCAACUGGGGUACGAGCCCUUACCACCACGGCGAUCAACAACUCUUUUCGGCCGGCCUGCCAUGAUAUUACCUAAUGUCUUUCAGUACAUAAAGUUUAUCAAAAAAUCGGAUGGAUUUUUCGGAUGCUAUAGAGGUUUAUCUGCAAGGGUACUCGGACUUAUAGCUUCUAGUCAGCUAACGUCCAAGGUAAUUUUUGCCUGUGGUAUCGACCUGCCUGAAAUCAACGACCCUCCAAACAUCGUAACUGAUGAAGAACCUAAACUAGAAGAUUACUACAAACUUGGACGUCGGGAUAUGAUCAUGCACACCGCGUCUGUAGUAGUGUCAUAUCCAUUCCAUGUUGUGUCGGUUAGAAUGAUGGCAUCGUUUAUUGGUAAAGAGGAAGACUACAGCUCGCUCUUGGGUGCUAUCGUUUCCAUAUAUCGUGAUGAUGGAAUUCUCGGAUUCUUCCAUGGAAUUGUGCCUAAGCUUGUCGGCGAUUUAACCUGUAUGGCUGUCACUGGUAUACUGGCCUACUAUGUCAACAAAUAUUUGGUUAAAACUAAAGAUCUAAGAUUUUACACUGUACCGCUGCUGACAUUUAUAACUAGUACCAUCACCUAUCCUCUAGUGGUUGUGUCAACAUGUAUGGCUGUGGCGGGAAGUAGCCUGAGAGCUGGUAGACCUCCUUUGAUGCCAGCAUACCCAUCCUGGCAGUCUUGCUGGCGAGAUCUGCUCAAAAACAAGCAACAUAAACGGGGAUCAUCAAUUAUCUUUAGGUACUACAUUGCUCCAAUCGCAGCUAUGCAAUGA